AUGUACGAAGCCUACCCUACCCGACCGAGCCCACGGGCGAGCGCGCAUGCUAGCUGCGCUGCGACGUUCGAAAAGUCCCUCUACGACCUCAUCCGCGGGCUGCGGAACCACAAGGGCAAUGAGAAGGACUACAUCCAGAAGAGCUUGAAGGAGUGCCGGGUAGAGGUCCGGAGCCAAGAUAUGGAUCUCAAGGCGACGGCGCUCCUUAAGCUCAUCUACCUCGAGAUGGUGGGCUACGAUAUGUCGUGGGCGUCGUUUCAUGUCCUCGAGGUCAUGUCCUCUGCCAAGUACCACCAGAAGCGCGUUGGAUACCUCGGCGCUAUCCAGAGCUUUCGUCCGGAUACCGAGGUCCUCAUGCUGGCCACCAAUUUGCUCAAGAAGGACCUCGGCUCCUCCACCCCGACCGUCAUCUCCCUGCCCAUCGCGACUCUCCCGCACGUCAUCACCCCAUCGCUCGCCCUCUCGACGCUCGCCGACCUGCUCCCGCGCCUGAGCCACAGCCACUCCAACAUCCGCAAGAAGACGCUCGUCACUCUGUACCGCCUGGCCCUGGUGUACCCCGAGGCGUUGCGCGCAGCAUGGCCCAAGAUCAAGGAGCGCCUGAUGGACCCCAACGAGGACCCAAGCGUCACGGCCGCCAUCGUCAACGUUGUUUGCGAGCUGGGAUGGCGGAGGCCCCACGACUUCUUGCCCCUGGCGCCCCGGCUGUUUGAGCUUCUUGUGGAUGGAGGAAACAACUGGAUGGCGAUCAAGCUCAUCAAGCUCUUUGCUACCCUCACGCCUCUGGAGCCGCGGCUCGUUAGGAAGCUGCUGCCGCCCCUAACCAACAUCAUGUCCACCACCGCUGCCAUGUCUCUCCUCUACGAAUGCAUUAAUGGUAUCAUUCAGGGUGGCAUCCUUGGGAAUGAGGACGAUGCUUCAGGGGCGGACGAGGUCGCGACGCUUUGCGUCAACAAGCUCAGGGGCAUGAUUAUGAUUAACGGCGAUCCGAACCUGAAAUACGUUGCGCUCUUGGCUUUCAACAAGAUUGUCGUAACGCACCCAUAUCUUGUUGCACAGCAAGAAGACGUGAUUUUGGAGUGUAUCGAUAGCCCCGACAUUACGAUCCGGAUCCAAGCCCUUGACUUGGUGAAGGGCAUGGUCACGAGCGACAACCUCAUCUCGGUAGUGAGCCGCCUGAUGAAGCAACUCAAGUCCUCGGCGCCGUCCAAAGAUCGGAGCAGACCCGAGUCUAGUUCUCUGGUCCCCAGCAGCGACUCAGACUCGGACGCGCAAGUCGCCAUCACCGAAUCUCCCAGGGCAGAAAACGAGUCGCCGCCGCUGCCCGAGGAUUACCGAAUCGACGUCAUCAAGAGAAUUCUUUACAUGUGCUCCAAGGACAAUUACGUCAACAUUGUGGACUUCGACUGGUAUCUCGACGUCUUGACGCAACUUGUUCGGAUGGCACCCGUGCCGCGGGCGUUUGAAAACGAGUUUGAAGGCGAUGCAGCUUCGCGGGCGUCCACGGACGUGUCCGAGAGGAUUGGGGACGAGCUGCGGAACGUCGCAGUCAAGGUCAGGGCCAUGCGUGGAACGGCCGUUCGGGCAUGCGAGAUCAUUCUCGUGCAGCUGAACACAGACACACCGCCGGGACACACGAUAACAUCGGGAGCGCUCAAGUCUGUGGCAUUUGUCCUGGGCGAGUAUGCCGUGCAGCUGUCGACGCCAGAUGACACGCUUAACAGUCUGCUUCAAGUCGUCCCUCGAGCCGGGAAGCCUGAGGUAUGCACAACUGCUUUGCUGGCCAUCACCAAGGUGUUCGCGUCGAUUGCUGGCGACGAUACGGAGCCAUGGACUGCGGAGAGAAAAUCUAGGAUAUCUCUCUUGAUGGCACGCAUCCUCAACGUUGCUGAGCCGCUAGCCCUGCACCCCAACCUCGAGGUGCAGGAACGGGCUGUGGAGUUUAUCGAGCUGCUCAAGCUCACGGCCGAGGCGGCUUCUGGGCAACCAGCCUCCACCGAUGAGGCGCCCCAGGAUCCGCCGCUGCUCCUUACGCAGGCCAUACCAUCGUUGUUCAACGGCUGGGAGCUCAACUCGGUCGCGGUGGGCGCGCAGAGGAACGUGCCGCCGCCGGACGGCCUGGACCUUGACGAGCCUAUCCAUCAGAACCUGAACCACCUUCUCUCGCAGGCCGACCUGAUCACCCUCGAGCCGGACGCGGAGGAUGACUUUGAAGUAUACUACAACCAGCGGCCGCCGCCAACGAGCAUCUCAUCUUCAGCACCAGCCAUGAGCCGACUGGCAGAGCCGGCGGAAGAGAUGGCAGGGUCGUAUCAGCAACAGCCAAGUGAGGACAGCUAUCUCGACGCUGAUAUCGUUGCGCGGAGGAAAGCCGAGCGACUUGAGAGGAACAAGGAUGACCCAUUCUAUAUCCCCAGCAAUGACACACCCCGCACCUCAACGCCCAUCCACAACAUUUUGCAGAACAGCAACGGGCCCGACUUGGAUAUCGACUCCAUACCCAUCAUGCAGUUGGAUCUCAACAACAUGCAAGGCCCAUCUGCGCCUGCCCCGAAGCCGCAGCCCAAGCCUCGGCAAAAGGUUAUCAUUGCCGCCGACGAGACGCUAGAAGGAAGCGACGCCGGGUCCGGCCGCACCUACGACUCGGAGAACAACUCGGAUAGCCUCGCCAAGGCCAAGCGCAAGAAGCUCAAGAAGUCCCUCCUCCAAGUGGACUCGACCACCAUCGGGUCCUUCAGCCUGGAGGGCGACCGGCCCGCCGACGGGUUCGACUACGAGAGGCAGCAGCGCGAGGAGGCGGAGAUGCAGCAGGCCAUGAAGGAGGUGGAGCGGCUGCGCCUCGAGAUGCAGCGCGCGAACGAGCGCAUCCAGGUGGCGCAGGGCGUCGACGUCGAGGGCACCGUCGUCAAGAAGAAGAAGAAGAAGGUUGCCAAGAAGACGGGCGACGAGGAGGGCGUGGAGGUCAAGCCCAAGAAAAAGAAGAAGAAGAAGCCCGUCGAGGAGGAGGGCGGCGCCGUGGGGGACGCGGACCCUGUCGUGGAGCAGCCCCCCGGUGAGGCCGUUACCGUGGCGCCGAAGAAGAAGAAGACGAAGAAGGCUGUCGCGAAGAAGCCCGCGGGUGGAGAUGGCGAGGGCGGGGGCGAGGGGGCGUCGCAGGACUUGCUGGAGACGUGA